UAUAGAAUGAGAUCUUUUGCUCUACUACUAGUUCUUCUAGCCACCUUCGUCUAUGCCUAUGAUCCUGUGCAUAUAGAUUUGCUGGAAGAUAUAGUACCUACCAUAGAAGAGGAGACAGAGCUCGAUAUACUCGAAGAUGACAAGAACAUGAUUCGCUCGGAAAAGAAGAAGAAAUUCGAUGAGAUUUUAGCCAAAGAACCGGAAAACAUUAAGAAACUCUACGCAAUGGAAUUGGAGCGCGCCAAGCUUAAACAUCAAGCAAAAUUUGAGAGAAAAAUGGCACGUGCCACCGAUCCCGUCGUUAAAAAGUAUUUGCAAAAAGUUGAAGAGAUCAACAAUGAUAUGAGCAUUUCUGAUGGAGAAGCGCAAAAGAAGAUAAAAGAGCUCAAAUCCAAGCUGACUCCUAUGCAACGUAAACAGCUGAAGAGUUAG